CCCCCCAUGCUACAAUUCACUCAUUCACUAUAGCUCCUAUCAGAUUCAAUUUUUAAAGAGUAGCCAAAAUUUAAGAGAAACCCACAUUCUUUUCCUGACCUUAAUUGUACCAAGAACUGCUAAUUCUUAUUCUCCUUUAUCACUCCUCUUUCUUCUCAAAUAUUUUCUCCAAAUGAGGCCUGCUUUAAUAGUCUCUCUUCUGCUUUUGUCCUUUCUUCUCCAUGAUGCUCAAGGGAUUCGUUUGGAAAAGGAAUUUAUGCAAGUUGGGCAUCAAAAGAUCCAUGAGGACAAGAGUUCUUUGAUAAAAAGAAGUAAUGGUGCUUUUGGAGAGGUUAUUCUCUGCAAAGAAGGGCAUUGUACAGGAAUGAAUAGAAAACUUACUACUGUGACCACCUCUACUCCUUCUCCCGCCACCUCCACCUCCAAGAAUGAGGAAAAUGUAGAAGAAAAUAAAGCUAACCCAAUGACAUCAAAGGGCAGAUCAAGCAAUGAAGAAGUAGGUGGGGAACAAGAGAAAUUCACCAUUAAUUCUUCGCCAGCUUCUGAGCACCAGGAGGUGAACCACGAUGAUCACUAUGUGGACAUUAUGGACUAUUCUCCAGCAAAGAGAAAGCCCCCAAUACACAACUAAGUGUUAAUUAGAAAGGAGAUUAGCAGCUAGAGAGAGAGAGAGAGAGGAAAGUUUUACGACAAUAAAAAAAUGGAUAAAGUUGAACAGCACUACAGAAAUGCUGCAGUUUUUCACGAUUAGGAAAUGAUUUAGACAUACCAUGCUUUAUUGCAGUAACUUUUUUACUAUGAUUUUGAUGAUUGUGUCAUGAGCACUUAUGGAAGCUCACUAGGGUUUUGUAAGCAGAUGUGCAAGUUACCCAUAUUACAUCAAAUUAUAAAACUAACACCAACGCCAAGAAACUAUAUAAUCUGCACUAAA